AUGGGAGACAAGGAGAACCUGGAUCUGUUGACGGCGCGUCCCUACAAGGACCAGGCCUGUUGGUUCCUCAACGCCUACUGGGAGGACUUUGGCGAGAAGGAGGCCGAGAAGGUGUGGUCCUUCGUCAAGAAGUGCGCCGAGCUCGACGAGAACAAGCGCGCCGAGGGGUCGGACCUGGACGAGUUCCAGGCCCACCGCUUCCUCGAGCACUUCAAGGAGACCCUCACGGUCCAGGGCAUGCGCGACAAGCUGCGCUCGUCGGGCGCCAUCGCUGGCCAGGUCAAGCGUGUGCCCCUCCUCCACAUCCUCAUCUUCAAGUACAACAUCGACUGGAGGCAGAUGAUCAACGCUCCUCAGGGCAGCAAGGAGGAGGUGGCCAAGGCGCAGGCCCUGCUGGACCAGGUGCAGUCGGCGCUGAGGGAGUCGCAGGCCAAGGACCAGCAGGCCGCGGCCGCGCUGAGGGAGGCCACCGAGCAGGAGGCCGCCGCCAAGCGCGCCGAAGCCGACGCCAAGGCCCGCGAGGCUGAGGCCAAGCAGCGUGAGGCCGAGGCCAAGGCGAGCGAGGAGCAGGCCAAGGCCCGCGAGGCCGACGCCAAGGCGCGCGCCGCGGAGGCCAGCGAACGCGAGGCCGAGGCCAAGGCCAGGGAGGACGAGCUGCAGGCGGCCAAGGCCGAGCUCGAGGCGGCGCUCAAU